AUGGCUGACCUGCCCACAAUCCGCAUUGGCUAUGUGCCCGAACACUACCUAACCCCACUCCAUCUCGCACUCCGUUCCCCGGCCGUUGCUUCCCUCCCAUUCAAAAUCACCACAACUCCCUUCCCAUCCGGGACAGGACAUAUGAUCACAUCGCUUCGCGGAAGUGAAAUCGACAUCGCUAUCGGUUUGACGGAGGGGUGGGUCGCAGGUUUGGCCGGGAAGCAGCAAGCAAGCCAGAGCUCCGCAGAUGGGGGAUACAAGGUUGUCGGCCACUGGGUGGACAACCCUCUGCGCUGGGCUAUUGUAACGGGCCGGAAUCGGGACGAGAUUACGGGUGUGUCUGAUCUGAAGGACAAGAGGGUUGGAGUCAGCCGGCUGGGAAGCGGUUCCCAUAUCAUGUCUUUCGUCCUUGCCCAGCGGCAAGGCUGGAAAGCCGAUUCUUUGACCACCGUUCCUCUGGGACCCUUCGGGCCCUUGCGGGAUGGCGUAUCCGGUCUCGACAGCUCAAAGCCCGAGCAGACCGCGAACCCCUCGGCUGAGUUCUUCAUGUGGGAGGAAUUCACCACGAAGCCGUACUUCCAUGCUACCUCUGAGAACCCGAACCCGCCGCUUAAGAAGAUUGGCGAGAUCUUCACGCCGUGGCCUUCGUGGAUGAUUGUCGCUUCUACGGCGCUGUUCCCUAACCCCGAGAAAGACCAGCGAUUGGAGAGUCUCUUCCAGGCGCUGGAUCAGGGAAUCAAGGAUUUCGAGGCCGAUACUGCGCGCGUUGUGAAGCUUUUGGGUACUGGCGAGCUUGGUUGCAAUUAUAUUGAGGAGGAUGCGACGGAGUGGCUUAAGGAUGUUAAGUUUACUAAUGCCACACGUGGUGUUGAUGAUAAGAUUAUUGGGGGUGUUGUUGAUGUGCUCAAGGUGGCUGGUGUUAUUGAUUCCGCUAUGAGUAAUGGUGAAGCUAUUCAGCGGGUCAUUGGGAUCAAGAGAUAG